GUUCGAGUCUAGCAGGUUCCCAGUGUAAAUUGAGUACAAGGAGACCUGUCACCGGUGACUACCCAGUCAGUUUGAGGCCCGACCUUCACUGCCCAGUCCACAUUUACACAACGACAUGAAAACGCAUGUAGCUGUAGAACGGGUCUCUUAGCAUCACAUGUCUUAACUGUCAGUGUAUGAAGAACGAGUAGUUCGCGUAAACAGAGAAUGAGGCCAGCCACAACUCUACAAAUGAGUCGCCUGAGCUUAUCAUUCAGUGAGAUACGGCCGCAGAUAAACUCUGUGCCUUGCGUCAACACACCGAGGCUCCCCACCCCACAGGCAUUCUAGCACACUGUGGGCCUUGCAAGGCGAUGAGAACUUUGGGACGAGCACAAGUAGGUGUCGAGUGACCUGUCCAUCAGUGCAGUUACGUAACAUUUGCGGACCCCUACGGCCAACACAUGCAGCCGGACAUCGUUAAGCUGGCGCUGUGUCACAUCAUCAAGACGAAAUUUGAUACUUGUGGAGACUAAGCUCUCUGAAGAGACGCCCAACAAAUUGGGCUCAAGCCAAACUUCGCACUAAGGUGACUGGACUCAGGACUCAGAAGACGUUUUUCUUCAAUUAAGUCAGUCAAAAUGGUGUCGAAGUUUGACCCGGCUGUAAUCGUGAUCAUUUUCCUAGCUGUUGUGUUACCUGAAAAGACCGAAUCUGCUCAAGAUUUUCGUGCCUUGGAGGGGCAAGUGGACGAAAUGGUGAGAGCCAUGUUGGCCUGUAAACCAAAGAUCUCUGGAGUGACUCUGGCAGUGGUGAAAGACGGUCAGCCGAUAGUACAGAAAGGGUACGGUAUGGCGGACCGUGAGAAAAACAUACCCGCCACACGAGAUACGCUCUUCCAGAUCGCCUCUCUAAGCAAAGGUUUCACCACGACACUGCUCAUGAAGGUUCUGGACAAAUUACCAAAUGUGACGGUGAACACGCCUGUGACUAAAAUCCUCAAGGGUGACUUCAGCUUUAACGAUGCUCAGCUGAAUCAGUACGCCACCAUACAGGACCUGAUGUCACACCGUCUCGGACUGCCCUCGCACAACUACGUCCGCCUAAAGGACAUGACCAGGGCAGAACUGGCCGGUUUGUUCAAGUACAUCAAACCCAAGGGCGAGUUCAGGUCCACCUUUUACUACAACAACAUCGUGUAUGGUCUGCUUACGUACAUCACAGAGGUUCUAGGGGGAGAUACCUGGGAGAAUCUGAUGAGCCGAGAGUUGUACGAACCCCUAGGAAUGUCACGUACCACCUUCGCUCACGCUCUUGAGCCUAAUGAGACGGGCGUGGCCGUUGGCUACCAGAGCGACAGAGAUGGUCAGCUAGCAGAGGUUCCUAAUGAACUGUCCAGACAAUGGGGGAAGCUUGGCGGUUCUGGUGCCAUCAUGUCAACUGCAGUAGACAUGACCAAAUGGAUCAAAUUCCACUUAAGUGAAGGUAAAAACGGAACUGGCCACCGAGUGAUGUCAUCAAGGACUAUUCGCAAAAACCACGAGGCCAAGGUCACCAUGACGUCAUCCAUCAACAAAUACAUCACCGUGCCGGAAUUCCCGACCACCUUCGUCGUGGACCGCUAUGCUGCAGCCUGGAGGAACGGUUACUAUCGAGGCCUGGAGACUGUGUCUCACACUGGCUCUACAUUUGGUUAUACAGCCAUACUUAUGCUGUAUCCUGACGUCGACCUGGGUAUCUUUAUCGGCUUGAAUGGAGAAGAUCCGAGCGUUUUUAGUCGGACCGCACUACAGUCCUUCAUCGCCGAUCUCGUCCUAGGGUAUGAGCCUUGGCUCAACACUACCAGUGUCUGCACCUUCCCGGCACCGUGGAAGGAGACGCGCCCCUCCGGUAGAGAUGGGCCAAUAAAAAAGGAUCUUACACCGACAAAACCACUUGACACUUACGUUGGCCAGUACUCACUCCCGUUGUACGGUGCUUUGGAUAUAACCAAGAACAAAGACGUGAACUGUACGAACUGUUUGAGGAUGACUUACGGUAUUUCCAUAUGGGACCUUUAUCCAGGCGCACUCCCCAACCAGUUCAUAGCUUUAGGGAAAGGAGCUGUUCGACUCUGGAACGCCGUUUCUGUGAUGUUCAACGUCCCCUCGGGAAAGUCAAAGGCCGCCUCGCUGCAGCUGUUGUCCUUCGAUUCCAAAGACCCUCCGACUUUUUCAAGAGUAAAACCACAGUGUCAGGAUGGAUGUAAAGCUCAUCAGUCAGCCAGUGAUAAUUCCGGAUCACCACUCUUCUGCACACCAUGGAUGACCACGUUCCUGUCCGCCUUGUUCUUCAUGCAAUUCAUAUUUUAGGACAAAUACAUAAACAAAGAAAUCCACAGCAAACUCUUUGAACAUGACUGAAACACAAUUGAAAAGCAGGGUUUAUUUUCCGGUUCGUUUUUACACUUUUUUAUGAUUACAUUUAAACGUUUCUUGAGUACUUGUGCUGUGUCAUAUCUGUUGUGAUCGCUUGACAUGUCAGCCAUAUCAACAUAUAUACCUUAUGGAAUUGGAAUGAUUCUAAUAUGGAGGUAUACACAGACAUUAAUAGAUAUAUUUAUACCUCCACGGGUCAGUCAUGGAUGGCGAUUCUUAUAGUGUUAAUAUGGAUUUUCCCUUCCAGUUUUUAAAAAAGGAGAGUCUUUCCUCGGCCAGCAGAAAUUCGGUGACCAGAUAUACAUCCACCUCUCGCAUUAUCCAUUUUACGGCACCCGCUCCUCUCGCAUUAUCCAUUUUACGGCACCCUCUCCUCUUGCAUUAUCCAUUUUACGGCACCCUCUCCUCUCACAUUAUCCAUUUUACGGCACCCUCUCCAUUGCGUCAAGCCGCACAUCCAAUAGAGAUUUUUUCUCAUAUUACUCAAUUUCCCCAAUUUCUCUCAGUCUGUCCAGUUAUCCAAUUGUCUUUCAGGGAAAGAUCAUGUAUGGAAGGAUUAAGUAAAUUCGGUAAAUAAAACUUAA